CGAAUCCUCACCUUGGACCAAGAGAGCAGAUGGCCCGCGCCCUGCAUUGAGCUAACCCCGAUCUGAAAGGGGGGCGCCGCCAUGGCAGAUGCCCGACAUGGCAAUCACGAGUGUCCAUGGCAGUGAGCGGUGAGGCAGAUGAGACGAGGAAUGGCCGCUCACACGUGUUCAUCAAGGCACUGGCACACGACAAAACAAAGGUGCAAAGCAGCAGCAAGCAGCACCCAAGGCAGCUGCCAAAAGCAGGCAAGACCACUGAACCUCAAGCAAGAGCGAGCGCGCAAGAGAAAUGGGAGAUCAACUCUCUGGUCGUCAUUUCGGCGACUCCCCGCUGCUGUUGCAAUGCCCCAAGUUCGGCAAAAUUGGCUUCAUUAUACAGCACCAUCGAGGAAACCACACAUCGCUCUCCCUGUCUCAGGAGGCUCGUCGCAAUCUUGACAGUCUCCACACUGCUAUCGCGCCGACGCCACAUUUCGAGCGCUAACAUCAACAACGUUUCUCGGCUGUUGGGAGCAGGUACCUGCAGAUCAUCCAAUGGUGUUUUCGAAGUGGCCACCGCCUGAAUGGGAUUCAUCUUGAGCUUCUUUUCACUGACGCUAAUGUACUGUAGCAGCUCGUGACCAACCGUCCCGCGUCUCAGGUUUCCAGGUCAUCAUGCUUCAAGUCGACAAAAAUCUUUGCGACCUAACGUUCAGACCGGCGUCCCAAACAUGGUAACGUUAUAUUAGUGGGCCGGUUCCUCGCCUCCAUGCCAAAGGUUACUUGACCGCUUUCUUCGGACAAGGCUCC